UAUGCGAGGACUGUAAGCAGGAUAUCAAGCUUGCCAUGAGCGACAAUGACAAAAUACUUGCAACACAGAAGUACCACAAUCAUGUACUCCAAGCCAGGAAAGAAAGGGAACUAUACGUAGAAUGCGUGGAAAGGUCAACAGCAAUGUUUGUUAACCGGGCACAACAAGACCAGGCUGCGGGAGAUGGAUUUUCGACAGACGACGUACAUUACACGUUCGACUUUAGUCAGUAUGUCAAGUUGCCUCACCAUGCGCAAGAAAAGGGACCCACAUUCUUCAUUCAACCAAGAAGAGUGCAGAUAUUUGGUUUCCGGGCCGAUGGCUAUAAGCAGUACAACUAUCUCAUCGACGAGGACCAAACCAUUGGAAAAGAUGGCCAGAAUGUACACGGACCGGAUUCUGUUAUAUCAAUGAUUGAUCACGCCUUCCACACGUUCGGUACUGGAGAGACGGAAUGUGGUAUUCAUGCUGAUAAUUGUUUCGGUCAGAACAAGAACAGAUAUGUGCUGGCGUACUUAUCAUGGCGCACGAUGACUGGGCGGCACAGAACAAUCAGAUAUAUGAUGCAGUUACCAGGACACACAAGGUGCCUGAUCGACGCCGGGUUUGGUACUAUUAAGAAGUUGUAUCGGCGUUCGAACUGUGACACACUCCAGCACGUGGUAGAUGUUGUACACAAAUCGGCACACAGUAAUGUACCGGUUACAUACGACGAGAAUGGGUGGGAGUGGAGAGACUGGAAGAUGUUCCUCGGUGAUAGGUUCAAAAAAGUGCCAAACAUUUCCAAAUAUUAUCACUUCCGCUUCACAUCAAGCGAACCCGGGGUAGUGUACAUGAAGGUAGCCGCAGACGGCACCGAGGAAAUCCGAUUUGUCAUUUGCAAGACGAACUAUUUACGAAUGGACACCUAUGAUCUUCCGUCAGUUAUUAGGCCAGCAGGACUCAGCAAGGAACGUCAGACGUAUCUAUACCGCCACGUCAGGCCGCUGGUGAGACGUCCGUUUCAGGACGUUCUUUGUCCGCCCUCUGCGUCGGACGAUUGACAAUCACAUGUGUAGUGUAACAUGUAGAUAUUACAAAUUUAUCCUGAAAUGCCACUUGAAGAUAAAUGACAUUAGAAAACAGGAAAUAUGUUAUUACUUAUUUAUUAACAUCAAAUGAAGUGACUAAUCAAUGAAAUAAUUUCGUUACAAAAUGUGUAGUUUACUUUCGCUCAAGCCCCACAUAGAAUUUACUGGUAGUGUAUACUCCAUAUCAGCGCACUGCAGUAUGUGUAACUAAUAUUAUUAUAUGUGUACAUCGAUGCUGCUAAGAUAAGUAAAUUGAAGGAUUGCUUUA